AUGUCAACUCUGCUUGAUUCAGCCACGAAAAACCCUAAUUCUACUCUCCUUAGAAGUAAAUGGAGUCCUAUUCCAAUACCCCAUAGAACAAUCCAUGAACCCAAAGGUCAAGAUCUCGAUUACAUCAACAUAGCUCACAGUCAUCUUCUUCAAUCUGAUUGGGCUAAGCUAGAAAAAUUAUUAACCAAAUCUAAUUCAUUACGAGUGAAGCACAUUCUGUUAAAGCUUCAAAACGAUUACGCUAUUUCCCUAAAAUUCUUCAAAUGGAUUGAACUUCACAACCCUAAUUUACUCACCCUCGAAACAAAUUCCAUCAUCCUCCACAUCCUCACCAAGAAUCGUAAAUUUGUGUCAGCUGAAUCCAUUUUAAAGAAGAUCAUCGGUUCUUGUUCUUGUGACGUAAACCUCCAUUCUAGGCUCUUCGAUGUUGCUCUUCACUCUUAUCGAAUGUGUGAUUCCACUCCUCGUGUUUUCGAUGCACUUUUCAAAAUGUAUGCACAUAUGAAGCAGUUCAGGAAUGCAACAGAUACAUUUUGUCGUAUGAAGGAAUACAGAUUUCUUCCCACCAUUGAAUCAUGUAACAUGUAUAUGAGUUCACUGCUUAGUUUCAAUCGAGCAGACAUCGCGUUACCAUUUUACAACCAAAUGAGAAGAUCCAAGAUCACAAUCAAUGUGUUCACUCUCAAUAUGGUGAUGAAUGCUUAUGUUCAAUUAGGGAAACUAGAGAAUGCAGUCCAAGUGUUCGAUGAAAUGCAAGGUAUGGGAAUGAACCCUUUUGUCUCCUCCUACAAUACAUUGAUCACUGCAUACAUCAACCAAGGCCUUUUAACAACCGGAAUCAAGUUGAAACUUACAAUGGAGAAGAAUGGAAUCAGCCCAAAUGUCAUAACUUACAACACAAUAAUCCAUGGAUUCUGUAAAGAAGGGAAACUACAUGAUGCUUUUAAGGUUUUCCAUGAAAUGAAAAGGGUAAAUGUGGCUCCUAAUACUGUAACUUACAACACAUUAAUCACUGCAUGUUCCCAAUCAGGUAAAAUCGAAAAGGGUAAUCAGAUUUUUGAAGAAAUGAUAAGAAACGGGGUCAAACCUGAUAUUUUGACUUAUAACGCAUUGUUGUUGGGACUUUGUAACGAAGGAAAAACCAAGAAAGCUGCUUAUUUGGUUAAAGAACUUGAUAAAAAGAAAUUAGUACCAAAUUCUUCGACUUUUUCUGCCCUAAUUAAAGCCCAAUGUGCUCGAAAGAACCCAGAUCGUGGUUUUCAGCUUUAUAAAAGCAUGGUGAAGAGUAAUUGUCGUCCAAAUGAAGAUACUAUGAAGAUGUUGAUUUUAUCAUUCUUUCAAACCGAUGAUUAUGAUGGUGCUUUUGGUGUUUUUAAAGAGAUGUUAGAGAGGCCUAUUGGGCCUGAUUGGGUUGUUUUGAGUGGAUUGUGUAAAGGGUUUUCAAAUGCUUGGAAAGAUAGAUUUGUUAUGGAUAUGUUAAGCGAGGUUGAAAAUGGGUGUUUUAGUCAUGAACGUUAUGAGAAAGUUAAAAACAUUAUUUGUGAUUCUAACAAUGAAGGUAAAGAACUUGAAGAAAAUGUGUGUGUUGAGGCUGCGAAAUCGACUCAUACAAUCCGUGAAAAAUCACGGUGUUCCAGUAUCCACCCAAUGAGCUGGUCAUCUUGCCCUUUUUGCUCCCAACAAGUUCUUUCAACAGAACUCGAAAGGCACGCCAACAAUCACUUUGAGGAUGAAGAUUUAGCUAAGGAUUUCCAGUUGGCAAAGCACUAUCAUGAUGAAGAUAUUCCCUUCGAUUUGCCACAUCAUAUUGCGGUUCCCAUGCAAGUGAAACCAAAAAACAAUUGUGAGGCGAAGCAUGGUUUUAGUUCUAUAAUGGAGAUGUUAAAGGAUUGUUUGGAGUGCGACAAUGGUACUAAUACUAGUAUAUUAUGUGGACACGUUGAUCAUUUCCAAAGUGUAGAGUUUGAAGAUAUCGGGUGGGGUUGUGGGUGGCGUAACAUCCAAAUGCUUAGCUCUCAUUUAGUUAAGCAGAGGCAAGAAGCAAAGGAGAUUCUAUUUGGGGGAGAUGGAUUUGUGCCUGAUAUCUUGUCACUCCAAAGAUGGCUUGAAAUUGCAUGGGAGAAAGGGUUUGAUACAGCAGGGGCAAAUGAUUUUGAUCAAAAGAUAUAUGGGAAACAAACUUGGAUUGGUACCACCGAGUGUGCUGCUCUUUUCCGCUCUUUUGGGCUUCGUGCCAGAAUUGUAGAUUUUUCUUCUGCUUCAAGAUUAUCAAGUGAUGUUAGUGGUAACAAGAAGAGGAAGUCAACCCAAGUUACAACUGGACCAAUGGAUAAAUAUCUAAAUACUGCAUCAACUUCCAGUUCCAGUAGUAAAUCUAAUAAUGACAACAAAUUUUUGGGAGUCAAGGGUAGUCAACUUCUUGCCAAUUGGGUUUGGUCUUACUUUUCUGACAAUAAUAAUAAUAAUAAUAAUAAUAAUAAUAAUAAUAUGCCCACACCCAUGCCCACCAAACCAAAACCAGGCUGCAACAGAGUUGUUGUCACAGAUAAAGCGCCCUUGUAUUUCCAGCAUGAUGGACAUUCAAGAACUAUAGUUGGAAUUCAGUUGAAAAGUCUUCCAAAUGGGAUGCACCAACACAGCCUACUGAUUUUAGAUCCUGCUCACAAAACAAAAGUUUUGGAAACUUGUCUGAGCAAGAAAGUUGGAUGGCAAAGAUAUAUAAAAAGAGGGGUUCACACUCUGAAGAAAUCGGACUACCAGCUGUGUUAUAUGGAUCAUGGAAUUGCCACUGAGGCAGAGAUGGAGAAGCUUAAGAUCUUGGAUAGUACCCGUUUUGAAUUUUAAAGGGAUGUGUUUGUUGUUUCUUGUCUGCAGAUUACUAUUUAAAAAACAGCAAUAGUAAGAAGAUACUCUAUCCAAAUCACAUAAAAAUUGUUAACUGAUAAGGGCAUUUUGAUGAUGGAAAGUGGAAAGUUAAAAAAGUACAAGGGGAGGAUGUAGUAGUGGCUUGUGAAGAAACUCAUUCUUAUACUCAGAAGAAACUCAUUUUAAGAUUACAAGGGGAUGAUGUAGUAAGGGCAUUUUUUGUUUGGCAGGAUUACAAGGGGAUAUGUAUUUAUUUUGGGACCCUUUUUGUAAUUGUUUUUCUCCCACAAUGAACUUUUCUGUAAAAAAAAAUCUUGCUAUGUGACUGCAUCUGUCAUGUAUUUUUACCAUAGGAACCAAAUCUAUAAAUAUUUUCUGCCACAAGAAUGUUUCUGUAAUGUCCAUCAUAGGGACC